AGAAUCUUCGGAUUAUUUGCUAUGAAGUUUCCAUGCUUGAUUUUCAUUGCAAUCAUCUCGUUUUCUACCUCUUACAAAUAUCUAGUCUACAACCCCUUUUUUGGAUAUAGUCAUUUGAACCUUCUCGGCAGUUUGUCAGAUGUUUUAACAGAAGGAGGACAUGAAGUGACAAUUCUAAUGCCUGAGAUCGAGGAAGAUUACCUCAACCAAACAGGUACUGAGCUGACCAAGAAAAUAAUACGCAUUCCUGGAGAUCCUCGUGCUGUGAAGAUGUUGAAAGAGAGCAAGAAGACUGAACUCCGCAAUGUGUGGUCAUUGAGCGCCUCGCCAAUGAUCAUGUGGAAGAUGACAAAAAAUCUCACUAACAUGCUAACAUAUCAGUGCGAGUAUCUUAUGAAUGAUGAACAUUUGCUACAAUCGCUACGAGAAGAGAAGUUCGAUGUCGGUGUAGCAGAGGCCUACUACGUAUGCGGAUUGGCACUCUUCGAAGCACUGAAUAUCAAUACCACGAUUGCUAUGCUGAGCAAUAUUCAUCUAGACUCCGUAACAUAUGCAAUAGGAGAACCUUCCUUUCCAAGCUAUGUGCCAGGCCUCAUGAGCACUACAGGAGACAGAAUGACCUUUUCUCAAAGGUUGCAGAACGUUCUUGCGCUGAUUAUUGGCAGAGAAAUCUCAAAUUACGUGAAUGAAAAAGAAAUUGAUGUUUUGAGACAGAAAUACGGUAGCUUCAAAGACCACUACGAGCUGAUAGCACAGACAUCGUUCAUUUUCACGAGAAGUAAUCCGUAUCUGGAUUUCCCACGUCCAACACUGCACAAAACCGUCAUGAUAGGAGGCUUUGAAAUUAGUCGCAAACUGCACAAAGACUUCCCUUUAAAUAAGGAGUUGAGUUCCUUCCUGGACAAACACAAUCGUACAAUCUUGAUAUCAUUCGGCUCAGUUGCGAAGUCUGCAGACAUGCCUGAUAAUUACAAGAAGAACAUUCUCGCUGUUUUUUCAUCCAUGUCGGAUGUGGGUUUCAUCUGGAAAUACGAAGACUCAAAGCUGGAUUCUAGCAAGCCUUCAAACGUUCUUCUCAGUGCAUGGCUACCACAGGUUGCUCUUCUGAAGGACAAGCGUCUGUCCGCCUUUCUCACCCAUGGCGGUAUCGGCAGUUGCAAUGAAGUAGCGUACAUGGGUAAACCAGCAAUAAUUAUUCCACUGUUUGGAGAUCAAAUGCGAAAUGCUCAAAUGAUGGCUCGACAGGGAGGAGCACUUGUCUUGGACAAAGAUGAUCUUAGUGACGCAGACAAUCUAAAAAACGCAUUCAAAGCAAUUAUCAAUGAACCGCGGUAUGCGAAAAACGCUCUUCGGCUCUCGCAAAUGUUGCGUAAUCAGCCAAUCACACCACAAGAGUUGUUACUACGACACGCAGAGUUUGCGGCAAAAUUUGGACGGUUCUCAAACCUUGACUCGUAUGGCAGGCGUCUGUCUACAACACAGUAUUAUCUUCUGGAUAUAGCAGCAGUUGCAGUUAUUAUUAUGAUACUGAUCGCAGUAGCAAUUACGGCUUUAGUGAAAAGAUGGUGUUUCUCUCGUCAUCAGAAAACCAAGCUGGAUUGA